AUGGAUGUGCUUAAGAGCCCCGAGUUCGCGGAGUAUGUGAAAAAUACCAUAGACCGGUACCAUGUACCAGGCGUGGCCAUCGCCGUCGUACAGGGCGAGCACAUCGAGUCUGCAGGCUUUGGAAAAGCAUCCCUCGAUCCUCCUGAAGACUGCACGCCUGACACCCUCUUCGACAUUGCCUCGACCUCCAAGUCGCUGACUGCGGCGUCGGUUGCACUGCUUGUCGACGAUAAUGAGAAACACCCGCAGGUUCAAUACGAUGCUCUCAUGGCUGAUCUCCUACCAGGCGACUUCGUGAUGCCGGGAGACGGACAUGGGGAUGUUACUCUGGAGGAUAUCCUCUCGCAUCAAACUGGGAUGGCACCAUCAGAGUAUCUCUACUGCAAUCUCAUGUAUACCGCCGCCUCGUACCUGGUCGAGCAGAAAAGCGGGCUCAGCUUCUCUGACUUCCUGCAUGCAAACUUCUUCCAGCCACUACGUAUGCAAUCUACCCAUCUCCAGCCUUCCGCAGCCAGGUCGAACGGACUCUCUCACCUCCUGGCGACAGGCUACUUCUGGAACAAGAAAGGAAACAAAUACACGCCUAUCCCAUGCCACGAUUCCCCCGAGUCACAAGGGGCGGGAAGGAUAAUUUCCAGCGCAAACGAUUACAUUCGUUGGGUUCGGGCGUUGAUGAACUGCAAUGACCCCGUUACCAAGAGCAUGUAUGAAGGGAUGAUCAAGAAACGUAUCUCGCAGUCGCCGCCUGGCGAGAGCGGAGAUGACGAAGACGAAAAUGAGCAUAACCAUAAGCCUUCGCAGGCCUUCGCUGGUGCUGGGGUCGAAAUACUUGAGUAUAACGGACAUGUCAUGGUGAGCCACGACGGGCUCGAUCUGGGGUUUGGAGCAACGCAUUUUUUCCUGCCUGAACAGAAUUUCGGGGCAGUGAUAUUUGGGAAUUCAAACAAUGCGUCUAAUGUUGCGAGGUUGAUCAAGUAUAAGCUUGCGGAUUGGGUGACGGCUGGGAACGAGAAGCUGUACUCAAGCUUGCUUGACGGAGUGUCUUCGAGCGAGAGCGACGAAGAUGAGGAAGAGGAGGAGGAUGAAGAUGACUUCACUGAUAUCGAGAAUGAGAUGAUUGAUGAGUUAUGUGCCGAUGGAGGCGUGAGGAGUGAUCAGACACUGGCCCUGUCAGCUUAUACAGGCGAGUACUGGCAUGACGGGUACAAGGGAAUCAAAGUCACGCAGAAGCAGGGCCGGUUGUUCGUUGAUGCGAGAGAUCGAUCUGUGAAAUUCACUCUGGAGUUCAUGCAUAUCUGUGACCAGAGGAAGUAUAUUGCUUACAUGGUCGAGAUGAAUGAGCAGGAUGUCCGGGAUCCUUUGAAAGCGGAGUUUGUGCUCGAGGGCGAGAAGGCGGUGCAGCUUGGUCUGACACUGGAGGAUGCAUGGGAUGGGUAUAUUUGGUUCAAGAGGGUGGAUGCAGCGGAUGUAUAG